GUGCCCGCCCCUCCGCUGGGGGGGUGGGGGGAGGGCGCGAGCGGGCGGCCGGGGAGGGGCCGGCGCCGCCGCCGCCGCAAAAUGAGCCUGCUGUCGGCCAUCGACACGAGCGCCGCCUCGGUAUACCAGCCGGCCCAGCUGCUCAACUGGGUCUACCUGUCGCUGCAGGACACGCACCAGGCGAGCGCCUUCGAUGCCUUCCGGCCCGAGCCGCCCGCCGGCGCCGCGCCCCCGGAGCUGGCCUUCGGCAAGGGCCGCCCGGAGCAGCUGGGCUCGCCCCUGCACUCCAGCUAUCUCAACAGCUUCUUCCAGCUGCAGCGCGGAGAGGCGCUGAGCAGUGGCAUGUACAAGGGGGCCUCACCGUUCGGCUCCCUCAACAACAUCGCCGACGGCCUCAGCUCCCUCACCGAGCACUUCUCUGACCUGACCCUCACCUCCGAGGCCCGCAAGCCCAGCAAGCGGCCCCCUCCCAACUACCUGUGCCACCUCUGCUUCAACAAAGGACACUACAUCAAGGACUGCCCCCAGGCACGCCCCAAAGGCGAGGGUCUGACCCCGUACCAGGGCAAAAAGCGCUGCUUCGGCGAGUACAAGUGUCCCAAGUGCAAGAGAAAAUGGAUGAGCGGCAACUCGUGGGCCAACAUGGGGCAGGAGUGCAUCAAGUGCCACAUCAACGUGUACCCGCACAAGCAGAGACCCCUGGAGAAGCCUGAUGGCCUGGAUGUGUCCGACCAGAGCAAGGAGCACCCCCAGCACCUCUGCGAGAAAUGCAAAGUCCUGGGCUACUACUGCCGCCGUGUGCAGUGACUGCACGGGCCCGUGCCAACGCCCACCACCAGCAGAGAAGAUGCCGCCUCCCCUGUAGCCCCCCGCCUCCCAUGUGGCUGCGUGUCCUCAAGUGCAGGGGGGUGUCCUUGCAGGCCAAGGGCUCUGGGCAGGGGUCCUUGGGGUUCUCGUCUCAUUGUGUUAUUGACGUAGUUGCCCCCACAGGCCCCAGAAGCAGGGUCUCUGGGACUCUACAGGCGGGUCUGGGGUCUGCGUGGAUGGAGGGGAUGAAGGUGAGUAGAAGUCAGCUCCCAGGACCCCAAGAAGCCCCUGGUGACCCCCUCAGGCUCUCCUCCUCCGAGACACUCUUUGUGGGGAGUAAUGGUGUAUUGGCCACAAGUGCACUAAAUUUACUGUGAAUCCCAAAGCCUGCAGGGGACUGUCUCCCCAAGACCAGCCAGGCAGCCUCCCCCUCCCGGAACCUUCUGGUUUGCCCUGUGUGAAAAGCCACUCUUGGAAAGCCCGGUUUUCCCGUCCUUUUCAACUCAGCAGCUGUGGCAAGUGAACAUCUGUUCUAGCAGCUGCUGGGCAGUGGGCAUCUCUGCCCCUGCUCGUUUGCUCUCCAGCCCUGACCCCUUCUGAUGUCACUAGCAUUGACCCAGGUGUUGCACUCAGGCCCUGGGGAUGCAGGCAAGCCGAGGUCAGGAGCAGCGGACAGUGCUCCGAGGUGGGUCCCGACAUGUCCUGUGGCACAUCAGGUGACACCUCCCGCAAUCCCCCACCAGAUACUUUUCCUGCUUGCUUGGAUUUUGUUAACCCAUUCCCAUCCCUUCUCCUUUCCCUCCCACUCAUGCAGGGGGCUCUCCACCUGUGGAAGCCACUCUGGCAGCCUCUGGAGUUUGGAGACAUAGUUCAAGUCCUGGCUGCACUGCUGGCAAGGACUUCCCCUUUUUGGACCUCAGUUUCCCCAUUAGUUAAGUGAGGGACACUGGAGAGCAAAGAGGCCCGUUUCAGCUCUGGGCUGUCUCCUGGAGCAGAGAGCUGUAUUUGGAGGGUUCCAUCAGGGUCCCUGGGAGAAACCUCCCGUGCCCUCUCUACUCUGCCACCAUCACCUGUCAGUUAAGAUGUCAACCUGAGGGAUGCCAGAGCCCUCCCUUUUCCCCCUCUGCAGCCCCAGCCCUGCCUGUUGUCCAGGGUGGGAUCUAAGUCCGCAUUCAGCUAAAAUGAAAAAGAAUCUCCCUCCGUCCUCACCCGGGCCUCCCCAUCCCUCAGCGGGGGCCAUCCCAAAACAAGCUGCAGCCCCUCUCACCUGUCAAAUGGGGACAAUGAUUUCCUACCUCCCGAGGGAGCAGAGGGCCUGUCCUGGCUGGCUGCGGGGUCACCGGCCCCUCUCACCCAAAUGAGAAGCCCCAUUUUUAGUGUCAUAUCAACUUUCCUUUCUCCAGGGAGAGGGAGUAGACUUGCUGGCAGGACUGGGUCGCUUGAUUUUGUCCUAACAUUAUGUCUCUAUGGAAAACAAACAUCAGACCAAGAACCAGGCCUGAAAUACAGUGUUUACCAGGCUCAAGGACCCCCAACUGGGGCCCAGUGGCCUUUUGUUUUCAAAUGAAAAUGUAUUGUACAAUUAAGGAGUUACAGUGAAGUGUCAACCAGGAGGCCAGAGUGUAAGUUGGAAGAGAGUGAGUGAGUGUGUUUGCAGCCAGGGUACGGGGUUGCUGCGUGGUAGAUUUCAGGGGGAGCCAGGCCUUCUGAGCACUUAAAAAAGGUUGUUUGCUCCAGCCGGGUCCCUGUAGCUUCCUCCCUCCCACCCGCCAGGGCCAGAGAGCUCGGCCACAGACUGUGACCACACUCACCGCCCACCGGGGACUACCACUUAGGAAUCCCACCCCAGCUGCUCCCUGCCUUCUCCCUGGCCUUGGGGUGAGCUGGACGUGGCCCAGGCUCCCGGCUCUCUGUCCCCAAGGAGAGGCUGUUCCCGUCAGUCACCUCCCUGCACAUCUAAAGAUAAUGUUUGCAGUGCUGGGCAGUGCUCUUGUCUCUGGCUGUCCCUUACAGAGGAACCUUUGGCCCGAGGAUGCCUGGGGCCGGCCUACUGGGCUGCAAAGGCAGGGGAAGCUGGUUCUCUACAGAGCCCACGGGCCAUCAGGAGAUGGGGUUCCACCCCCCAGCGACCUCCCUGCGGGCUUGUCCAGCUGGUGGCUGGUGGCCCCUGCUGUCGUGCAGAGCCAGCUGCCACAGGGGCCAGGCCCUGCCACCCUCCGCAGCCCCUCUGCGUGUUCCCCUUGCUCUAUUUUGGCUGAAAAUGGGAGCUCUGUGUGGUCAGCAAAAGCCACUGCUGUCCCCGCCAGGUGACGUGAAAUUAAGUGCUCAGAGGGCCUGGGAGCCUGGGGGACGAGAAGGUUUGUGGUUUUAGUGCAUUCAAAAGGGACAAUCGCUUGCAGUUAGUAGAUCUAGUGAUCUAGCUGGGAGAUAACAGUGUUUACCCCAUAUGAAGUAUUCGAUAGUUCUACUUGUGAAUUUGUAUUUAUUUUGAGUUAUACUUGACACAGAAUUCCUUUUUUUUAAAAAAAAAAAAUUACUAUGUGUGUAUUUUGAAAAGAAAUUUCAUAGAUGUUAAAAUUUCUGCAUGGUUACCAAUUUUUUUUCUCACAACACUGAAUUUGUUAGCUUCUCCCGAAAAGUCUUCACAGUUUUUUGUCUGUAUAUAUUUGAAGGCCUUUUUUAAAAAAGAAAAAGAAAGAAAAAUAUAAUUGCUCGAUUUUUUGAAAUAAAAAAAAAAACAAAAAGAGAAGCAUUUUCAAAAUUUCAGAGCCUUCCGGAGGGCGGUAGAAUAUCAAACAAAGAUUUCUGGAAAUAUUUUCCAAACCUUCUGGUUUAGCCGCAAGAAAAUAUUUAUGGUGAGAACUUCUCUCUUUUUUCCUGUCAUUGGGUUUUUUUUUUUUUUUUUUUUUUUUUUGAUUUGUUUUUUUUACUAUGCUUUGGUCUGUAAAAAGUAUGCAACUGAACUACAUUAAGAAGGAAAUAUUGUCUACAUAGAUAUUAUAUGAAGUUGGUACAUAAUUCUGAUGAGGAAAAAAAAAAUCCUUGCCAUUCUUUAAGCCAUAUUGUUGUUAUUCUGUGUUGUUUUCCUUGGAUGAAAAUAUCAGUAUUAAGUAGCCAGCAUAGUAUUCAAGUGCUUAGACUUAUUAAUAUGUUCCUAUCAUGUAUUUAUACAUAUGUGUAUUUUGGAAAGUACUGCAUUUUUAAAGGGAACCUAUUUUUAGAUAUGUUAGCGAAAAGGGGCUUGGUGAGCCCUUUGUGCCUCUUUGGUGGUCGAUAACAAACGCAGCAUGUAACCCGUUCUCUCGCACCUUCUUAUUAUUACCUUGUUAUUAUGAUGAUGAGUUUAGUAGGGGGGCAGGGGGUGGGCCGGGAGAAGAGGGGGCAUUUGGCUGGCCAGCCCCUGGCUGGUCUGCUGAUUCCAGGCCCCUUUGGCCUGGCCAGAGGGGCCCCCAGAGCACCCCAGAUGGGAAGAGGAAGCAGGAGGCAGACAUGUCCACCCACAUCCCUCUAGGAGCUUUGCCAUCUGAGCCGUGCUUCAGGGUCUCCUGCUCUUUGAACUUGGACUUGCCAACCAGCACCCUUACACCUGCCCUCCAACCUCUAAUAGACUUGAAUCUCCUCUAAACAGAUAUUUAACCUAACAUCACUACAUUGUAGCCCAGUGCAACAACUAACCCUGAAGUCUGGAGGUGGCCGAGCCGUCCCCGCCCCACCCCACCACCCCUGGGGCUGACGGCAGAGGCAGGGAGAGGGGUCCUUUCUCUCUCUCUCUAGGGCUGGCCUUGCCGAUGGACAGGCACUGGCCACACCUCCCCUCCCGUGGGGUGACCCUGUCCCAUGUCUGUAUCUGUCAAUACGUGUGUGUCUAGCUAAAAAGACAAACAGACCCCGUGGGCACAGCUCGGAGGGUCCCGAACCUCUCCAAAGAGCUGCCCUCGGGAUGGCAUUCCGUUGUGUGCCUUAUUCCUGGAGAAUCUGUAUACGGCUUGCCUAUAGAAAUAGAGCCUUUUUGUGCUGUAUUAAAAGGAAGUUUAAAAGCAA